GUUCUCCCAUAUCCUCAUAUCCUGCAAUUGUUCCUUUUAGAAUAAACUCCGCAUCUCCUCUUCCUCUUCUCCUUUUUUCUUCUCCUCCUUUCAUUUUGUUAAGCCAGUCCCGGACGACUUGUAUAGGAUAAAAAAAAAAUCUAAUCCAACCAGAGCACUGCCACAGCAUGAUGUUUGACCGAUUGAUCACGAUUAGCUUCAGCCCAUCACAACAUGAAGGCAUUUUUGGCUGGAGUCUGUUCCGUCGCGCAUCCCGCCUACAUCAUUUUUGUAUGGGGUGCAAUAGAAAUGGCACUCGCAGCCGUCUCGCGGGUCAUAGAAAUGCGCCCAGCCUUUGGGUGGUCUUAUAUUUGCUGUGCUAUCCGAUGCCAGCAGGAGCCAUUCGUGUGGUUGUUUGGCCUUUCGAGAGAAGAACAUGUUUCAAAGCGCAGAAAAUCGUCUUAAUUUUCACGCAUGGAGGAGGGGCUGCAUAGCUGUACUCAAAGUUUCUUUCUUUCUUUCUUUCUUUUUUCUUUUUUCCCUUUUUCUCCCAGAUAUCUCCCCGUUUGACGAAAAAGGACAAUGUCUAUCGCCCGCUUGUGAGCACAGUCGACCAGCCUGUUGGGACAUGUACGGAUUCAAAUAGAAGAAUUCAUUGUGGAGAAGAAGAGCAUGGCGGGAUGAG